AAAGAAAUGAAUGCUCCAACUAUUACCCCACCUCUCAGUCAGCCCAAAAGAUCAAAAAAACGCCAUGCAAAUUUAACGUUGGAUAAAAUGAUGGAAAAAUUCCUGCAGCAGAGUGUGGAUACAGAAGAGAAAUUUUACAGAUAUGAAGAGCAGAGGCUCAAAAUUGAGGACAAGCGUCGGGAAGCUGAGCAUGCUCGAGAGCUCCAGAUGUUACAGAUGUUGGGACAGAUGUUGGCAGGAAUUUCUUCUACAGUAUCACAAAGGUCACAAUCUAUACCAGCGAGUCCACCUCAGAGAGCGAACCAUCGUUCAUAUGGGGAUAACUUUAAUUAUAAUGCUAUGACAGCAGCACUUUCUCCACCGAUAGUUAUAGAAAGAUCUUUUUCACUGCACAGAACACACUCUCUAAAGGAUAUGGAGAAUAUUUUUCAACUGGUGCGCAACGUUAUCCCUCCUCUAACAGGGAAAAGGCAUAAAGGUCAAGAUGGGCGUAUAGGCAUUGUUGGAGGAUGUCAAGAAUACACUGGAGCACCAUAUUUUGCUGCAAUUACAGCUCUCAAAGUGGGUGCAGAUUUAUCCCAUGUGUUUUGUACCAAAGAUGCAGCAACAGUAAUCAAAUCGUAUAGUCCAGAGCUGAUUGUUCAUCCAGUUCUUGAUAGUCCCAAUGCUGUCCAUGAGGUGGAAAAGUGGUUACCACGACUGCACUCAGUUGUCAUAGGACCUGGCUUAGGUAGAGAUGAAGUUCUACUUGAGAAUGCUAAGGGCAUUAUAGAAAAAUCGAAAGUCAAAGGAAUUCCUAUCAUUAUUGAUGCUGAUGGACUGUGGCUCAUUUCCCAGCAGCCUUCUCUUAUUCAAGGCUACCAGCGAGCUAUUCUUACCCCAAACUAUAUGGAGUUUAGUAGACUGUAUGAAGCCAUGCUUAGAGACCCCGUAGACAGUAGUGAUCAUCAUGGAUGUGUAUUAAGACUCAGCCAAGCCAUGGGGAAUUUGACAGUUGUUCAAAAGGGAGAAAGAGAUCUUAUUUCAGAUGGAGAGAAAGUACUUGUGUGCAGUCACGAAGGAAGCAGCCGGAGAUGUGGUGGACAGGGGGACCUCCUUUCUGGUUCUCUUGGAGUCUUAGCGCACUGGGCAUUUCUUGCUGGAGCAGAAAAAACAAAUGGUCAAAAUCCCUUUCUAGUGGCUGCGGUUGGAGCUUGCUCUCUGACGAGGCAGUCUAACCACCAAGCCUUUCAAAAAUUCGGACGUUCAAUGACUGCCUCUGACAUGGUUUCAGAAGUUGGAACAGCUUUUAACAAACUUUUUGAAACCUGAACCCAAAGCAGCAGAGAAGAGAAGGAAGAACGAUGACUGCAAGAGUAAUUACCUUUACCGUAGAAUUUACAUAAGUAAUGCACCCUUUCAAGUGCUGUAGCAGCAUUGGUAUGCUAGGUAGAUCUUUUUUUUUUAUUUUUGAGAAUAGAAAAAUAUGAUUAAUGUAGAUAUUUUUUAAGAGUUUGGAAUACAAAAAAUGUUUUGGCUGAAAUAAGCUGUAGUUGCAGAUCUGUUAUAAUAUAAUAAAACUAAACUGAAAGUAUUCCUCUGUUCUUUUUGAUAGUUAUUGAGCAAUAACUGAAGUGUGAACAGCAAAAAAAAAUGCACUUGAUACUUAGAUGAAAUUCUUCCACCAGCUCAACUGAAUUUCUUGGACUGCACCAAGGUUGUCAUGUUUUCAUUCUUAGACCUUCUGUCUAGAAUUAGCUACUGCACUUCAUUUUUUUUUUGCCAUGCUAGUAUAUUAGGAAGCAAAAAGUAAGCCUCUUUGGAAAGGGAAGGCAUGAGCGUUGCUGUAGGUUUUUGAAUGUAAUUAGUUGCCUUUUCUCAUUCCCGGUCCCAGAGGCAGCGUUCAUUUCGACAAGCCACCCCUUCCUGCAGCGUCUUGGGGUGGGUUGGUUGGUUGUUUUUUUUUUUUCAAAAGGUUCCCCCCUGGCAGCACGAGGCUAUACUGUAGGUAUCUUAGCAUUGAACAGGAAUUGUGCUUACAUGAAAAAACAUUCCUGUUCCUUCAGCUGGCCUUGACUCUUCUGGAACUCGGUACGAUGAGCUUGGUGAAAUUACCAUUUGGAGAGGUACCAGGUGGGGUCAGAAACUUACUUAGCAGAUGCCUAACAGAGCCGGUUGGACUCUCAGUGAUCACAGAAGAGCGAAGUGCUUUUAAAACUCGGGUUGCCUGCCGAGUUAGAGCUCGGAGAAGAGGGGCAUACAGAUGGGUGGUGCCAAGCUAAGCUGUUAGCCAGAAGGAACAGGAGCUGAGGGAACAGAAGGUGGCCGGCAGCUCAUACAGGUGCCCUCUUAGCCUUGUGCCGGCAGCCGUGUGCUGCCAUCACAGGCAGGAGUAGAAACCUGGUGCUCGGCGGUUGAGCUCUGAGCGCAGCACCUGGGCUGGGGGGCUUUUUUUCUCUGUCCUUGGCAAGGGAGACUGUUAGGGCUGUGCCCGCCCGGCUCGCUGGCAGGGCAGGUGACUGUGGUCGGUAAAAAGGGGAAGCUGCGUGGGAAUAUUUGCACAGUAAAUUUUUGGAAACUCAGUCAAAGCUUGUAGGGAUUGAAGGGGUAGGGAGAGAGGGGCAAGUUCAUGCCACGUACAAGUGGGUACUGCCCUUAAACCUACAGCGUAGCUCCACGUGUAUCUAAAGUAGAAUGUGUCCAGAGUAUGGCUAUAGAUGUUGAUGCGUUCACCGUGGCCGCUCUUGCCCGGUGACCUAGCGCUAGGUUGGACUAUGACGUCAUGCAUCCUCCUCAGAGCACGUUCUCGUACCUUGCAAUAGCUGCCCGCAGUCGGCUGCUCCCAGUAUUUCCCCCCAGCCCUGAUCAUUGAUACAUUUCUGGAUGCACUGUGACUACUACCUCACCCCGAUGCAUUUUUGGUUUUCUUUUUAAACCAGUUACCUAUUUUUAAAAGAGGUUUUUAAAUGUUUGCUCAUUAUGGUCUAUGAGGGUUCGCAGACUUUUUAAGAGUAGAGCAACGUUUCCUCAGGAGAGAUGGGGUUUUUUGUUUAAUUUAACCAGUUUCGUAAACUGUCUACAUCUUUGUGGAAACUGAGCUACUACUGCCUUUCCCCCUAAAACAAUGGGAGAAGCCAGACUCCUUUUAAAUCAAAUCAGAAAGUUAAAACUGAUUUUAAAACAGCUACUGGAUUUCCUUUAAAACAAGCAGGUUUUUUUGUAUUUAGCACAUCAGUGGUACUAUAAUCAAAGUGGCAUUUGUAGGCGAAGUCAAUCAGUUAACAGAGCUCAGAACAGAUUCCAACCAGCCGCGUUGGUUUUGAAUCUACACCGACGUUGUAACUCUGUUAUUCACCAAUGUAUACAAAUUGUUACAAUUUUUAAACAUUCUGGAAA